GAACGUCCAACCUUACAGGUGAGUUUAGUCAACAUAACCGUCAUUGUCAUUAAAAGCUUCACAUUGCAUUGGAAGGUGUGGACAUCAUCAACAGGAAGUGGACAUGUGACCUUAUUAUCAGCGCUCAACCUAACAGACAACACAGGAAGACAAGCCAACAUUUGAAAACACUGCCGCUACUUUAGAACGGCACCAUGAAGAUCGCAUCUUUUAACAUCAAACGUCUGGGCCCGACCAAGCUGUCAAACGCAAACGUUGUAAAAUAUCUCAUAAAGAUUUUCUCUCGCUAUGAUAUGAUCGUAAUUCUUGAAGUGGUGGACAAAUCAGGAAAAUCCAUCGAGAAGUUUCUGAGGGAGCUGAACAGCACGGGAGCCAAUAAGAAACGUCCUUUCAGUAUGAUCGGGAGCUCCAGACUGGGCCGAACUCUUUAUAAGGAGCAGUUUGUCUGCUUUUACAGAAAAGAUGAAGCUGAACUGGUUGACACUUACCAAUAUGAGGACAAUCAGGAGGGCGAUGAAGACGCAUUCUCACGUGAACCUUUCAUUCUGCGCUUCUGUUGUAAACACACAGUGCUAAAGGAUUUAGUGCUGAUUCCCGUUCACACAAAGCCAAAAGACUCCGGGAAGGAACUAGACGAACUGUACGAUGUGUUUCUGCAUGUUAAGGACAAAUGGAAGACGGAUAAUGUCAUGAUCCUCGGCGACUUCAAUGCAGACGGCGCGUAUGUCUCCAAGAAAAAGAUGAAGGGCAUCAGAAUCCGCAGCGACCCAGAUUUUCAUUGGCUGAUUGGGGAUGAUGUCGACACUACAGCCAGUCUGUCCAACGAUCACACCUACGACAGAAUCGUGGUGUAUAAAAACGACAUGUUGCAAGCUGUUGUGCCAAGAUCCGCAAAACCCUUCAACUUCCAAAUAGCUUACAAACUAUCUGAGGAAAUGGCUCUAGACAUCAGUGAUCAUUAUCCUGUGGAGGUGACUCUGAAAAAGAAGUCAACAGCAAAGCAGUCAGCAGCAGGGACUAGCAGCAAACCCAAAACAAAGAAGCGCAAAGCAUGAUGGGAUAUCCCUGCUGUUAAUUUCUUUAGAAAUGACUGAUCUCAUCACUCUAGUUAAGGAGAGAUACUACCUCUUAAUUAGGAAAACCAGGAUGUAACAUUUCAUUUAAAUUUAACUGUGAAAUUUUAAAAGCGUUUGUGAUAAUUUUCAAUUUGCACUUCUAUGAAUUUGUGUUUUUAAUUGUAUUAAAACAAAACCCAAAACAAUA